GCGGAGAGCGGCGGCAGGCUGGCCCUCCGGGAGAAGGCGCGCCCGGGCAGCCGGCCCGGGCAGGCCCCGAGGCGUUUCCCGGAUGAGCUGGUGAACCGCAAGGACAAUGCCCUCAGCGAGGAGAUGCGCGUGGCCGAGAGGGGCUUCAACGGACCAGACCGCGGAGUAUACACUCCGAGGGGGCAGGAUCGUUCGGCCAGGGGGCAGGCUAGCAACAAGCCUGUGACGGACCAGCGCAUCUUCUCCAAUGGCAAUUCCUACGUCGGCACGUGGUUGGACGGCCGCAUGCACGGCCAUGGCCACUACAUCUGGGCCGACGGCAGCGAGUACCACGGGGAUUUCCAUGAGGGCUACAUGUGGGGAGACGGCAAGAAGAUAUGGCCCACAGGCAGGACUUACGAGGGCGAAUGGCGGAAGGACAUGAUGCACGGAGACAACAGCACAAAUAAGAUGACGUGGCCUUCCGGAGAAGAGUACAUAGGCAAUUUCAAGAAGGGUGUUUUUCAUGGCAAGGGCACCCGCAAGUGGCCCAACGGCGACAGAUACGACGGCUCUUUCAAGCACGGCGCGCAGGAGGGCGACGGCAUGUUCGAGUGCCAGGACGAGGGCUGGCAGUACUCGGGGCAGUGGCUCCAGAGCCGCAUGCACGGGCGCGGCCGUGUGAAGUGGCCCAACGGCAUCCAGUACGACGGGCAGUGGAAGGAGGGCAUCCGCGAGGGACAGGGCAAGCUCUCGUGGGCGGACGGGUCCUGCUACCAGGGCGAGUUCCACCACAACUGCAUCGAGGGCAAGGGCAAGAAGGUGCUGCCAGAUGGGUCGUGGUUCGAGGGCCAGUUCCACGACAGCGAGCUGGAGGGCCACGGCACCUUCCACUGGCCAGACGGCACAGAGUUCGAGGGCCUCUGGCACAACAGCGAGAUCGUGGGCCCCGGCUGCCACCGCUUCCCGAACGGCACCACCAUCGGAGGUGCCCAGACGAGGGCGCUGCAGAACAACCACAUCUUCCAGUACGGCGUGUACCAGUGGCCGGAUGGCCGCCGGUACGCGGGCCAGUUCACGGACGAGAUGAUGCACGGAGAGGGCACUUUGUGUUGGUCGGACGACCACGGCGUCUGUCGGUACAAGGGCUCUUUCGAGCACAACGCGUUCCAGGGCCAGGGUUCCCUGGAGUGGUCCACGAAGGCCAAGUACGUCGGCGAGUUCUUCAACGGCCUCUAUGCGAAGAAGGGUACGUUCGAGUGGCCAGACAAGGCGCACGUCUACCGCGGUCAGUGGCAGUUCGGCGAGAUGAGCGGCAAGGGCACGCUCACCGCGAGCAACGGCUCCGUGUACUCCGGGGAGUUCCAUGCCGGCAGCAUGGACGGCCGGGGCACCAUGACGUUCAUCACGAACGAUCAGUACGUCGGCGAGUUUAAGGAUUCGAUGUUUAACGGAAUGGGGACCUACACGUGGUCGUCGGGCACGCAGCUCGUUGGCGUCUUCGAGAACAAUUUCUGCAACCAGGUCGGCAAGAAAGCCUACGCAAACGGCGGAGUGUACGUGGGAGAGCUCAGCCAGGACUUGGAGCACGGUCGGGGCGUGUUCGUUGACGCAAAGGGCGCUCGAAUAUUGGGCAUGUGGGAGAAGGGCCGCCUCGUGGAGGAACUCGUGGAGAUGAUAGUCCCUGGUGCCGAAGUGGACGCAGGUACCAAUGGUGGCAGCAGCAGUAGCGACCAGCGUGUCUUCGUUUCAACCCGAGAGCUCACUGGGGAUCCGCCAGUACAGACGAUGGAGGAUGCGAAGCAGGAGGGCCGCAGCGUGGUCUUGUUCACGAAUGGAAACAAGUACAUUGGCGGGGUCGGCAACGGCAAGUAUAGCGGCGACGGGGCCUUCAUCUACGCCGAUGGCGCAUGCUACAAGGUCAGCGACGCCCUGUAGGGAAACCCCCGUCACCUUGGGGACCAAAUGUCAUCAGAAACGCCUCAGGGUGGCGACCCAUGGAAGCAACCUACAGUGCUCCAAGCAAAGGGCUGCUUUCAGACCGAGCUCGAAGGGGGGGGUCAGUAGACUGGGG